AUGACCACCACGAGCACGGGCGACUCUCCUCCCGUGCCUGCAGCGCCCAUUGUUGACAGUCUCAGUGAUACUACUGAUUCUCUCUCUGCUCUUUUUGAGCAUUUGAACAUUUCAGGGCCUACCGCGGUUGCGCUGACUGUUGCUCUCCGCGGGUUCAUACAGGACACUGUUGUUGCUACAGUGCGCAAAGUUACUGUGGACGCUGGUGUCAGCGUGUCGUCUGCUCCCAUUGAGACAUAUGGCAUUGAUGAUCCUGCCACUGCCACCCCGCCUGUUGAUGCCACCACAGCUAUCCCGCCUGUUGACGCCACCACAGCUAUCCCACCCGUUGACGCCACCACAGCUACCCCGCCUGUUGAUGCCACCAUAGCUAUCCCGCCCGUUUACGCCACCACAGCUACCCCGCCCGUUGAUGCUAACACAGCUACCCUGCCUGUUGGCAUUGGGGGUGUGGCUGCUGGCCUUCCUGCUGUGUAUACUCGGCUAUAUGGUGGCAUUACAUAUGAUGUUCCAGCGCCCAAUGCUUCAGGGCCCUAUUACUGGGUCACCCGCGGUCGCCGUGUCGGCAUCUUUUCUACUUGGCAACGCACUUCCUCGCAUGUCAUCGGCGUUAGUCGGGCUUCGUUUUCCAAGGUUCGUUCGAUUGCCGAAGGCGUGCAGCUGAUGGAGAAUGCAAUUGAUAGUGGGGAAACUGAGUGGUUGGUUUGA